ACUUAUCUGUUAGGGAGCCUAUAUGCAUGACGUCUGAAAUGGUUUACAUGAAAUGCUUCUGAACAGCUCUAAUUACUCUCUAACAUGUUUGAUAUUCUUCCUGUUUGAAAAAUACUUACAAGAAUGGUCUCACUGUGUGUGUUACUUGGACUCUUUACGUUAUCGCAUGCCUUUGUAAAUGUUGCACUCAACAAACCAACAUUUCAACAGAACGCAUACAAAGGAGGAGGUGAUGACAGAUAUGACGCAAGCAAUGCUGUUGAUGGACGUAAAUCUGAUUUAAGUUUUUACAGUGGCCAAUGUGUAAUAUCAGCGGAUGGAUAUAGAACCGCCACCUGGUGGGUGAACCUGACAAGUAUACACAGUAUCCAUCACAUCACUAUCUACUACAGGACGGACAAUGUCGCUUGGCAACCCACCAAUGGCUUCAGACCACGAUUUCUUGGAUUUUCGGUGUAUGUCUCCAAUACAACAGACAAACUACAAGGUGUUCUAUGUUUCAAAGAUAAAACCUUUACAUUAGACACCAUACCUAGUGUCUUAACAGUCACCUGUCCUGUACAUGGCCAGUACGUCAUCUACUACAAUGAAAGACUAUCAGGAGUUACCUACCCUACAUACUAUGAUCGUUACGCUCACAAUGAACUUUGCGAAGUUGAAGUUUACGAAUGUUCUGCAAACAAAUCUAGUUGCUCAAGCACUUGUAAAAAUGAAAAAUGUCGAUACUGUGAGAAUGCAGAAGGGAAUUGUACAGGUUGUAUACCGGGAUACAAGAGUUAUCAAUGUCAAUCAGAAUGUAACGACGGAAUGUUUGGAGACCUGUGUCAGAGCCAGUGUGGACAUUGUUUAGAUAUGUCAAAGUGUCACCACGUAAAUGGAACAUGUUUAGAUGGCUGUAAGCCGGGAUAUAUAUCCAAAUUCUGCAACCAAUCAUGCCCGGAUGGAACCUUUGGGACAGAUUGCAGUAUGCAAUGUGGAAAAUGUCUUGGCGUUGGACAAUGCAAUCAUAUUGAUGGAACUUGCAAGAAUGGUUGCGAGAUCGGGUAUAGUGGUUCAAAAUGCACGGAGGAAUGUUCAGGGGGUAUGUUCGGAGAAGGAUGUUUAAGCCAAUGUGGACAAUGUGCAGUUAAUUUACAGUGUCACCAUAUAAAUGGAGCUUGUCUAAAUGGAUGUAAACCAGGGUACACUUCACAGCUUUGUAACCAACCUUGUUCUUAUGGAAAUUAUGGACAAAAUUGCUCCAGGAAAUGUCAUGUUACAUGUGCUGGUUGUAACAAAGUUAACGGAUUGUGUGAUUCUGGCUGUCAUCCAGGAUGGAAGGGGGAUUACUGUCAGACACAUUGCAAUGGUCACUUAUUUGGAGAAAAUUGUAGCAAGCCAUGUGGACACUGUCUUGAUUCAAUUCAGUGUCAUCAUGUUAACGGAACCUGUAUGAAUGGCUGUGAGAGUGGAUACAAAGGUUUACUUUGCAUAGAAGCCUGUGACAGUCAUUUUUAUGGAGAAAAUUGUAUCAUGCCCUGUGGAAACUGUCUGGAGUCAAAGCAAUGUCAACACACCAAUGGAACGUGUAUGAAUGGUUGUGCCAGCGGAUACCAAGGACCAACCUGUAAGGAAGAAUGUAAAGCUAAUUAUUUCGGACCAAACUGUGAAGAAAUGUGCAACAGUACCUGCAAAAGCUGCAACAGAACAACAGGAACAUGUGACUUUGGGUGUCAACCGGGAUGGAAAGGACUCUAUUGUCACGAAACUUGCAGUCACAGGAAGUAUGGAGAAAAUUGCAACCUGCCUUGUGGACACUGUGUAAAGUCAGAGCAAUGCAAUCACAUCAAUGGAACCUGUAUGAAUGGAUGUGACAGUGGCUUUGAGGGGUUCAUUUGCACAGACGAAUGUGACGAUAAACAUUAUGGACCAAACUGUAUGGAAAUGUGUAACGUAACUUGUAAAAGCUGCAACAAAUCGACAGGAAUAUGUGACAAUGGGUGUCAUCGUGGAUGGAGGGGAGAAUUUUGUCACAAAGAAUGUAUAGCAGGUUUUUAUGGAGAAAAUUGUAACAAUAAUUGUGGACAUUGUUUGAAUGAGACAGCAUGUCACCAUAUCGAUGGAACGUGCGAUGUAGAAUGUGACCCUGGGUACCAAACCCCGUACUGCACAGAAGAAUGCAGCAAAGGAAAUUAUGGAAUGAAAUGUAAUGAAUUAUGUGGGUCCUGUUCCAAUAUCUCCCACUGCUCUCAUGUGGACGGAACUUGUCGGACCGGAUGUAGUUCCGGCUAUCGGGACAAUCUCUGCAAGAGAGUAUGCGAUUUCGGUUCUUAUGGAUCUGGUUGUAAUCAGGAAUGCAGCACGUUUUGCAAAAUAUCACGUGACUGUCACCAUGUCACUGGAAAUUGUAAAGAUGGCUGUAAAAGUGGAUGGCAGGGACUUGACUGCCUAGAGGUAUCAAAACUUACAGUCACUGAAAAGAAAUUAACGUCAGAAUUUAAUGGAAUCCUCAGUGCAUUUUGUAUCUUACUAUUUGUCAAUGGAGUAGUAAUCACGUACUUUGCGAUGAAACGUUUUAGGAAUUCGAAAACUAGACAACCAGCAGUUCAUGAAUCGAACAAUGCUCAAAAAGAUUGUGCAGGCGAGGUAUCCAAUGUUUAUAUCAACGAAAAUAAUAGAAGUGAAUACCAAGAGCUCGGAGAAUUUAGCAAAACUGAGACAUACGAUACUCUUCAGGACGUAGCUCAUAAUCAUGAUAUUUAGCAAUUUUCAAAUCGAGAAAUCAAAGUUUACAAAAAGAAAAAAACCCAUUGGCUACAUCAACAUGAAAAGAAAAAAAAUAACAAAAUGAACAGUUAUAUAAUGGUCUAAACAAACACAUUUUGUCCUAUAAAUUGCAAAACGUAAUAUCUAGUAAAACCAAUAGUGAUUUGAAUUACAAAAAAACAGCGAUUCAAAAAGACAUUUGUCUCUAACCACAGAAACAUUUUCCAAUGGUUAUGGAACUAAAAACAGCCGCCAUUUACUUGAUUAUCAUGAUGUAACAUUUUUGGUAAUAUAUACUUAGUAGUAUCGCAACCAUAUUUCCGUUAAUGUUAUUUUCAAAUCAUCUUGAAAUAAAGAACUUCGAAAAAUAAAUGAGCAAAGAAAAAUCGUAAGCAUGCCACUGUUCUGUAUUUAAAUAUCACAUUACGAUGAAUUAUUCGAAACUAUUUUGUUUAGAGAAACACGUUUUUGAUUAAGGAUGAACAAUAUUCAGUAAAUGAAACUGUCCUGGUUUAUAACAGCAAAAUACCCAACCGAUGGAAUUAAGACCUUAAUUCUGGAUAAGAUAUGUAUUUUAUACUGUAAUUUAUCACUUUCGAUCAUGUAUAGUUUGCACUGUAUACAUAUAUAUACUAUAUAAAUACUUGCUAUAUAAUUUAACACCUAUAUGCAGUAAAAAAAAAUUUCCGAUUUUUAACGAUAAUGGUUUUAUAGAAGCAU